CACACAAAUCCAAGAGAAGUUAUGAAUAAACAAGAUGUUAUGAAACUUCAGACUUGUGUUCUGAAAGUGAACGUACACUGUGAAGGGUGUAAGCAUAAAGUGAAGAAACAAUUGCAGAAAAUCGAAGGCGUUUACUCUGUCAAAGCAGAUGUAGAACAGGGGAGAGUCACUGUUACAGGGAACGUUGACCCAGCUCUUCUCGUUAAGAAACUCAGCAAAUCAGGCAAACAUGCCGAGAUCUUGGGCGGUGGUGGAGGAGGCGGCGGUGGAAAGGGUUUUCCUAAUAUGAAUGGGCAAUUUGCAAAUCUCAACAUGGGUGGAAACAAUAAGCCUAAAGGUGGAAAGGAGAGUAACCAAGUUAAGGGUAAAGCUGGUGGUGGUGGAGGAGGAGGAGGAGGUCAGAAUCAUGGACAUGGUCAACCAAUGCAAUUGAAUCCUCAACAGAUUCAACAUAUGAUGAUGAUGAAGGCUGCUGCUGCUGCUCAUGGUGGUGGCGGUGGUGGUCAGAUGAAGAUGCCGCCUGUGGCAGCUAAGGAUCAGAAGAAGUCUGUUAAGUUUGCGGAUGAAGAUGAUGGUGAGUUUAGUGAAGAUGAUUAUGAUGAUGAGGAUUUCAGUGAAGAUGAUUAUGAUGAUGAUGAGUUCGAUGAUGAUGAAGAUGACGAUGAUGAGAUGGGACAUGGUCAUGGAGGAGGUGGAGGUAAUCACAUGCCUCCUAAUAAGAUGAUGAUGAUGCCUAACAAGAUGCCUCAGAUGGGUGGUCAUCAUGGUGGUGGUGGUGGACCUAAGGGCCCCAAUGAGAUAAUGAUGAUGAUGAAUGGGUUCAAAGGCGGUGCUGGUGGAGGAGGAGGUGGAGGAAAGAAAGGCGGCGGCGGUGGGUUUGAGAUUCCGGUGCAGAUGAAGGGAAUGGGUGAGGGUAAAAAUGGAAAGGAUGGUAAAAAAGGAGGUAAAGGAGGAGGAGAGAAGGGUAAGAAAGAAGGGAAGGAGAAUAAAGGAGGUGGGGGCAAAACCGGAAAAACAGAUGCCAAAAGUGGUGGUGGCCUUCUAGGGUUUUUCAAAAAGGGUAAAACUGGAAAAGGAGAUGAGAAGAAGGGCUCUGGGAAGAAAGAAGGUCAUGGGGGUAAUAAGGUAAAAUCUCCUGGUGGGGGAGGAGGAGUUCAGCAUUAUGAUAGUGGGCCUAAAAAAGGAGGAGGUGGGUCCAAAGGAGGAGCCCAUGGAGGUUUUGAUAUUGAUGAGCUCAUGAAACACAGUAAAGGAGGAGGAGGAGGUAACAAGGGCAAUCAUAAUCAUAGCGCAAAAGGUAUUGGUGGCCCAAUGGGUCCAGGCGGUCCAAUGGGUCAAGGUGGUCCGAUGGGUCAAGGUGGUCCGAUGGGUAUGAUGGGUCCAAGUGGUCCGAUGGGUAUGAUGGGUCCAGGCGGUCCUAUGGGUCCAAUGGGUGGCCAAGGCGGCUCUUACCAAGCGGUUCAAGGCUUGCCGAUGAGUGGAGGAGGAGGAUAUUAUCCAGGGCCACCUCAGGCAAGUCAUCAAAUGAACCAACAACAAUAUAUGCAAAUGAUGAUGAACCAACAGCAACAACAACAACAAGCUGCAGCUCAUGGAGGCUAUGGUGGUGGUCACGGUGGCGACAUGUACCAUCCGAUGAUGUACGCUCGACCUUAUCCUGCGGUGAAUUAUGCUCACCCGCCACCGAUGCCGCCUCCUCACUCGGAUUCUUAUACUCAUAUGUUCAGCGAUGAGAAUCCAGUCACGGCUCUUGCGUUCAUUUGCGCAAUCGCUUCUUUCUCGGACAAAUUCAGCAACCAAAAUCCCUCUGCUGAGAUCCAGAUACUUAAUAUUAAUCGGUUUAAGAAGCAAUCUCAUGGCAAUGAUGAGGUCAGCUUGACAUUGGAUAUAUCAGCAGACUUGCAGUCACUAUUUACUUGGAACACCAAACAGGUUUUUGUUUUCGUAGCAGCGGAAUAUGAAACCCCGAAGAAUUCCCUGAAUCAGGUUUCUUUAUGGGAUGCGAUUAUCCCUGACAAGGAACAUGCCAAAUUCCGGAUUCAAGUCUCAAACAAGUAUCGUUUCAUCGAUCAGGGACAGAAUCUUCGGGGAAAAGACUUCAACUUGACAUUACACUGGCAUGUCAUGCCCAAGACCGGGAAGAUGUUUGCUGACAAGAUAGUCAUGCCUGGUUACAGUUUACCAGAUGCAUACAGAUGAUGAAGAUUGAAUAAAACAUCAAACAUAGU